AUGGAAGAGGUCUGUGAUGGGAAGGACUUCUCGUUCCCAAGGCAGGAGGAGGAAAUCUUGAAGCUGUGGGAGAGAAUCGACGCCUUCCACACUCAGCUCCGGCUGACGGAGAACAAGCCGGAGUACAUUUUCUACGAUGGCCCCCCCUUCGCAACUGGUCUGCCGCACUAUGGGCACAUCCUCGCCGGCACAAUCAAAGACAUUGUCACCCGGUACCAGUCUAUGAAUGGCUGGCAUGUCACGCGGCGAUUCGGUUGGGACUGCCACGGCGUACCUGUGGAACACGAGGUCGACAAGAAGCUGGAUAUAAAAACUCGAGAUCAGGUACUUCAGAUGGGAAUCGAUCGUUACAACGAAGAGUGCCGGAGCAUUGUGACCAUGUAUGUGAACGAGUGGGAGAAGGUGGUCACCAGAGUAGGCCGCUGGAUUGAUUUCAAAAACGACUACAAGACUAUGGAUCCCCAGUACAUGGAGAGCCUGUGGUGGGUCUUCUCUCAGUUGUGGGAAAAGGGUUUAGUUUACCGAGGAUUCAAGGUAAACCUCGCUCCUACCAACCGUUGCUUCACAUGUCACAGCUAACCGAGGACGCCCAGAACGAUGAUUACUAUUGCAAUUCGCUGUUUCAUAGGUUACACCUUAUAGUACUGGCCUGAAGACUGCAUUAUCGAAUUUUGAAGCCGGGCAAGAUUAUAAGGUGAUCAGAUAUGCGUCGUGUGUCUCAUUUCCCCUUUAUUUUCGAAUUUUCGAAUUUUCAAUUUUCCCUGCCUUGUUGUAACCGUUUCCCAAUAUCUUGACGUCCUUAGGAUGUUUCCGACCCUGCAAUCAUGGUAUCAUUUCCACUGAUUGGUGACCCACAUAAUGGAGCUCUAGUGGCUUGGACUACGACGCCAUGGACGCUCCCUAGCAACCUCGCUCUUUGUGUCAAUGCAAAUUUUACCUAUGUGAAGGUCAGUUGAUUCUGAUCUGAAUUUUAGUGUUUUUGGUAUCAAUUUGAAUUUUUAUGGGUCAUAAUUUAUCGUAUAAUUAAAUGUAGUGACAGUAUAAAUAUGAGCAGGACUGUUAAUAGUUUUUUGUAAAAUAAAUCUCUACAGUUAGAUCUGGCACCUCUCUAUGGUGGCUAGCUGGCUGUCUACCUCAUUUUUCCAUGAGCAAGAAGGUGAGGGGCACAAAAAUACCAAGCUCUAAUUUAUUACAGUAGCGAAAACAGAAGUUAAAAAAUCAUGGAUAUUAUUCAAAGCAUCAAAUGAAUAACAAGGGAGAAAUGAAGAAAGCACAUGCUCAUCAGUUUGCAAUUUAGACGUCUACAUUAUGAAAUUUAUAUUUUAUAGUUUCAGAUAGUCAUCUCUUAGAAAAGAUUAAAAAAAACAUGGUCAAUGUUAUCUAAUUGGGCGUUAUUUCCGUAUAAAUUGAAUAUCAGGGAAAAAUAAUGGUGUUGUCAGUUGUAGAAUUCUCUAAUUAAAAAACAUAAUGGGGCCAGUCUUACCAGAAAAUGUAAUAGAAUUAUCACGUGAACCCUACUUUGCUUUUUUCAUAAAUGAAUUAGGCCAGUGAACACAUUUCUUUUUGCAUCGCUGGCUUCUAUGAUCAGUUGAUUUUCUCCUUAUAUCAACGAUUCUGUGUAGUAUGGAAUAAAGCAUUUCGGUUCUGUAAUAGGUGGUCCUCGAGUAUCCACAUGUCUAGCACCGUUGUGGUUCUGGUCAUAAACCUGCACGAAACAGUUGUUAGUGACUUGACACUGGUCUCAUACCACAUGCAACCGGCCGCCAAACAUUGUUGGGUAUGAUAAACAACCAGAGCAGUAACACUGCCAAAUUGUGAAUUCGAUCAAGAACCCAAGAUUAGGAUAAAGAAGACAGCAAUCGUAAUUGGUAAAAUCAUAUAACAAGAUGUUGAAGUGCACAUUGGGUUGUAACUCUCUAUCCUAUAUUUUUAUAUGUAAAUUCGUCAGUUCUCAUCUCCUACCUAAAAUGAGCCUGAUUAAUUAUUUUAUAGUCGAAUAAAAGAAACAUACGAGCGAACUCUGAAAUCAAGCAUGAAACCUACUUGACAUCAGAUUGGCCUACUACCAUCAUGAUAUCAGUUGACUGAGUUCUAUGAUACCUUCUCCUAGUUGGAAAAAUUGGGUUGGCUUCUGGUCUUGCCUGGUACGUUGACAAUUCCAACGGUGGAAACUAUUUGACGGUUUUCCGCACUGAAACCCCCAAAAAUUUGAAUCUAAAAUAUCAUAAAAUGAAUCGGGAAGCAUUUACCGUUUUACUGUAUAUAUAUGCAUCGAUAGUAUGAAGGUGUAAAAUCAGCAAGGUUCAAAAUUAGGUUUUGAAACACACUUGCAUCUCAACUUUAUCCAAAUCUCUGGACCGAUCGAUGCUUUAAUAGCCUCAUUGCCUAUUGUUCCCAAAAGAGAGAGUGAGUGACUAUAUGAGCAGAAGAAUGAUAACUUUCGUGCUUUUGAAAAGCUGAAAUCUCUCUUGAUCGUAUGCUAGAACUGUGGAAAUCUGUCUGUCAGAUAAAUCUAUGUCGCUGCUCUUACAUCUGAACCUUUUAAUCCUGCAAAUUAACAGGCGAGGGACAAGAUGACCGGGGCAGUGUACAUUGUUGCGGAAUCUCGGCUAUCCCAGCUGCCCAGUAAGAAACCAAAAGCUGAUCCUGUCAAUGGUGUUGAAGGUUCAAAGGUCACAAACUCUAAGGUCAAGGGGGGCUCGGUCAAUGAAAAGGCUAAGAGUGGAGUAGAUUCUGGACAGUAUGAGUUGGUAGAGAAGAUUCAAGGAUCUUCCCUUAUUGGGUUAAAGUAAGCACUCGCUGUACUACGCUCCUUUUUUAGGUUUGAGAAUGCUUUUAGCUCAUUACUGUUCGUAAGAAAAUGAUUUCUUUCAUUCUUUUUUUUUUUGGCACUAUUUUGGGAACUUCAUAUUAAAGCGAUUAGGCGCACCUCAUUCAUUGAUGAAUCAAUAGAUUUUGUGAAAUAAACGUCAUGAUUUUUGUAUGCCAACUUUUUACCAGGAAAGAUGAUGCAUAAUACUUUUGUGUACACAUUUUUUACACUCUGACGUAAUCAUGCCACUACCUCUAUUUUGUGCUUUUUCCAUGUCAUCAUUAAAUUGUUUAUUGCAGGUACGUGCCACUCUUUGACUAUUUCUCAGACUACUCUGAGGUUGCAUUCAAGGUAGUUGGAGACAGUUUUGUUACCGAUGAUAGCGGAACUGGAGUUGUUCACUGUGCUCCAGCUUUUGGUGAAGAUGAUUAUCGCGUCUGCCUGGCAUCAAAUGUUAUCCAGAAGGUUAGAUCCUCCGACUUAAAUGUCAUAGACUUCGUAUAUAUUCUGCGUGAGUACAUCAUAUCACGGCGUAGUAUUUUCUUGGUAAAAUAAAGGCAGUCGGAUAUACAACUUAAUUAUGGCUCACAUAAGCUAUGGCAAAGUACUUCAUUAUCCGAAUGGAAAAUCUUGGUUUAUCUGUAACCAAUUUUUUAGGGGACUUGUUACGAUUUCUCUGUGGGGCUUUGGUUCUUGCUGCGAGCGUUUAGUCUCAGUUCCUAGUUACCUCAAGUGACUGUGCCUUCGUGGCUGAAGGUGCAGGUUGGUGGUUGUAAAUUUAUGCCUAUCAAAAUUCUUGCAGAUAUAGAUAUCAUUUUUUUCCCUGUUUUCAUAUUUUCUGUUGUGACAAGGAACCACAGCUACUCAUACUCCAGGACUGAAUAAGUGUUAGGUUUACCCAUAAAUAUCUGCUAAGUUUAGGAAUGUAAAAUUCCUUGGGAAAUUCGCUGGUGAAGCAAAAAAUAGAGUGGAUUAAUGCUCAGGAUGUAAAAUUCGUUUUCUUGCCCUUUUUCUAGUUCACCAUUUAUGUUAGCUAAAUUUUAUCUCAGCUAAAUUUUAAUGAGUGCUACUUAUUUUUGUCUUUUUCUCCUGUAAAGGGUGAGGGCCUCAUCGUAGCAGUUGAUUCUGAUGGUUGCUUCACCGAGAGAAUCACUGAUUUCAAAGGUCGAUAUGUGAAGGAUGCCGAUAAAGACAUCAUAAACGCUGUGAAGGCAAGUUUUACAUGCCUUUGCUCACUUUUUCGUCAUUUUUUGAUUCGUUAACAUGAAGGAGAGUCUAUAGAGGUGUUUCAUAACAAUGAGAUCUCAGGCCUGGGAUACGAGAUUCAUGUGUUAAACAUAUAUCAACAAAAAAAGUAUUUUAAGAAAUAAAGAACUGUAGGAGGCAGACUUGUUAAAAAAAAUAGCUUACACAAAAUUUAUAGCCUCAGAAGACAAAUGUUCUAAAAGAUAAUUAUUAAAACUCUUUGAGACGAUUAUAAUAAUGGUAGGAUGGGUUGCAAACAAUGAACAAUGUUGAACUGUGAUAGAGUUCUACCUCUGGCCAAUGAGCGAUUUAUAGUGAUGCGGGUUUUCGGGUUGUGGUAGAGGAGGAUGAUGGUUGAUGGUGGUAGAUGGUAAUUGGAAAAGUGUCUAAGGUAAUGAUGGUUGGUGUUGGCGACUGAGAAUUGGUAGUAGAUAGUUUGCUCAUAUGUCAUGAAAAAGGUAUUUACAAAAUGAACUGUUGAUUAAACCUAUCUGUUUGAUUGGCGUCAAAGUUCAACUUAGAUACCUUCAGUCAUAAAUUGGUCGAUAAUUUUUUAUGAAAACCAGUAAUCGCAGUUCUUGAGAAUUUGAGUCUAGCUCGGGAUGAGUUUUUUCGCUUGGACGCAAGUGGCACAACUCAAAGGAAAUUUGAGUAUGACCCUGCUCGGCCUAAAUUUCGUGUGGUCUAGGCUUGAGUCGCAUUUGGUGUGGAAUCUUGGAAGCCUGGAUCCCCUCAACUCUGCUAUGUCUCAGAUUUAUUUUUAUUAUUGUUAUUGUGGUUAUUUUGCACGCUUAUUUUUUAAAAAGACCACGUAACAUAUUGUCAGGUAAAAGGAAGGCUUGUCAGCUCCGGAAGCAUGGUUCAUUCUUACCCAUUUUGCUGGAGAUCCCAUACACCUCUUCUCUAUAGGGCUGUUCCAAGUUGGUAAGUACAGUUUGCUCCAAGUGACCACCUGAUAUUUGCUGAUGUGGUACUGUGUAUCAACAAAUUUAUUUUUUUUGGGUGGGAGAGAUGGAAGGACGGAGAGGUACUCUCACGGUCAACUUUAGCAGGUGUUUAUAUAGUGUCGAAUAAUACUCGUUUUUGACUACGUAUUAAAUAUACAAUGAAACGAAUGUACAAUUAUUUGGCUGAUGAGAUCUAUAAAGGGCUAUGUUCAAUACUAGUCUUCACUCUAUGUUAUAAUGAUAAAUUACAUUUAUAUCCCUCGAUUAUUUGAACAUAGCCUUCACUCUAUGUUAUAAUGAUAAAUUAGCAGGUGUUCAAUUAUUUGAACAUAGCCCUUUAUAGAUCUCAUCAGCCAAUGUUAUAAUGAUAAAUUACAUUUAUAUCCCUCGAAUCCCCUAGUAGAAGGAAAGUUCGUUUCCAUUACUAAUGCCACUCAUCUUAUGGAUAAUACUAAGAAUUGCUUGCUGGUGGACCAUUUGCUGACUAAAUUUUCAGGUUCAUCGGUGUUGAGAAGAUCAAAGAGCAAUUAUUAGAAUGUAACAAACAAACGUAUUGGGUUCCCGAAUAUGUCAAGGUUAGGACUUUUGCUUGGAAAUCCAAAUUCACGUUUGGUUCUAGCCCAUGGUGUGUGAUGAAUUUUUGUAGCUGAUUUUAAACAUUUACAUUUCCUUUACUUCAGGAAAAGCGUUUUCACAAUUGGCUUGAAAACGCUAUAGAUUGGGCUGUUAGCCGGAGUAGAUUUUGGGGCACUCCACUACCUAUAUGGAUUAGUGAAGAUGGUCAGGAAACAAUAGUUGUUGAUUCCAUUGCGAAACUUGAGAAGCUUUCUGGCGUUAAGGUCUGCUUUACUGUGUUUCUCUGUAUCUUGAAUUGCAUACUAAGCUUUAAUUGGUAGUGACUAAGACAACAGAUGAUGUUUAGCAUUUUCAUGCCUACGUGCUACACAUCUUAGUUCCUCCUUUGAUUUGAUUAUUUUCCAGAAUUUCUCAUUUUAUUUUAUUUUAUUCAUAAUGUUCUUUCAGGCUGUGCGAGUGUUGUCGCAGUUCCUAGUAGUCAUUUACUGUUUCAAUAUUAAAGAAUCGAUUUUGCCAUGCUUAACUGCAUUUCUUUAUGUUUUAUCUUCCAGGUUACUGAUCUGCAUCGUCAUAAGAUUGAUCACAUUACCAUCCCGUCAAGUCGUGGUCCUGAGUACGGCAGUCUCCGACGUGUUGAGGAUGUGAGUGAGUUUACCCAUUCUACAUAGUUGCAACUGGUAUCUGUUUAUAUUGCAUCUUAUUCUACGGUAUCAUGAAGAAUAAUCUGUUUCAUAGAUGGGUCCAAAUUACCGGGUCCGAUAUCUGCUGGGAAAUUCAGAGCUAAAAUUUUGAGAUAAUUAGUAAUAAAAUGCAAGUCUAGAAGCAUUUUUUUAUUACCUAAGAUAAUUUCUAUCCGAGUCUCAUGGAUGAUGUAUCUUGAUGUGGUCUCUGUCGUACAUUGAUCCAUUUCAAGGCGGCCUUUGUUCAAAUGUAAAUUACAUUUUGGUGUAUUAACAAAAAUUAAAAAUUUCAUGUGUACCGUUGGAUUCGAGGCAUGUGAAGAAUAAAGUGCAUGGAAUGUUUCUACCGAAAUGCUUGAAUGUCAACAUUGUUUCUUUUUUAUUGUCCAAAGCAAAUUAAACACUUUAAUUUAUGAAAUUUGUAUCUGUAAUUUAUUUUUUUUGGUAAUUCAUGACUAUAUGUGCAAGCUAAUUUUGAGGUCACCUUGAUCUUUGAAGUCUUGAAACAGCAGUUUUCUUGAGAUUGUCCGACUUCAUAUGCUUGUGGUUUUGGUCUUGGCAUUUACUUUGAUAUUUACCUGCGAUCUUAUCAAUUAUUCUGUGUACAGGUGUUUGAUUGCUGGUUUGAGAGUGGUUCCAUGCCAUAUGCUUAUAUCCACUAUCCAUUUGAAAACGUAGAACUCUUUGAGAAUAACUUCCCUGGGCACUUUGUUGCAGAAGGUCUUGAUCAGACCCGUGGAUGGUUAGUUUCUUGCUUAUCUUGCUGUUAAUAUAAUUUGUCUGAAUUGCAAUUUGGACACAUUGCUGGUGCAUUCUUUCACGUUUUAAAUCUAUUCGACUGAUUAUAUUUAGAUAUUAUGAUGUGACUAUUUUCUUGCUGAUAGUCAAAAUCUUCGAAACAGUGUAACUUUGUACAUUACUGUGAUACAUAGCAGACAGUAAGUUUCUUGAACUAUCUGUAAAUUUUAUUUUCCUUGUCAAAGGUGUACACUGUAGUAAAAUACACAAUGUAGUUCUUUCAAACCAAUGACUUAUCAAAGGAAACUGUUUUUCUGAAUUUUUCUCUCAUUGAUGAUUGGGACGUCCAUAAUUAAUGAAUACGUGUGGUUUCAUUGUCAUCUUGUCAUUGUCCAGUGUAUUGCUGGUGACUCCCUGUGCAAAACAUCUGAUGAUCCCGAUUUAUAUGCUUGUUAAUUUGCAUAAGAUAGCCCAGUAUCUAUGUAUGCAGUCAGAAAUUGAAUAUGUAUUCCAAUAAUAGAGGGGUUAAGGGAAAGGAACUUGCACAUGAUUUUCUUGAUUGAAGGAUUAUUAACAAGGAACGACUGUUCAUAGGAUGGACUUGUUACCUGUGGAGGAGUAUGUAAAGCCAGAAAGGAUGGAGAGUCUUUUCAGCAUGGGACUUUUCAAUUAGGCCCCUGUGACUUGGCUUUGAGAUUUGAUCGGCAUAAAGAGGCAUUGUGGUUGGUUCUGGAGAGGAUGGGAAUUUAGCAUGGUUUUCCUCUUUUUGGUUUUCACUUCUUGGUGUAAUAUUUGGAGACGUCAUAUGGGGGUUUUCGGAGCCUAUUGGACGUGCUUGUGUCUCCCUUUUUCUUUUCAGCAUUUAAUGAAUAUACGCGAGAAUGUUUAUGUGCUUUGGAGGUUUGACAAUGAUGCGUAUUAAUGACUGUGGCAUUGUAGUGAUUAUUUACUAUCGGUUUUCUCAGCUCCGUGGAGAAGGUUCUGUAAAUGUAAUUAAAAUUUAUAAACGGGAGAGGAUUGAUUAGGUGUUCCAAGGAAAGAAAAAAAUGUUUUGAUGAAAUUAGAAAGAGGAUGGUCAGGUUGAAGCUGUAUAGCAAUUAAGAGAAACCAGUUAUUUUGUGGAAAUCAAAGUCGUGAUGAACUGUCUUUAUUGUAUAACCCUAUGAGUUUUUGGGCAAGAUUUUGUCAAGAUUGUCUGAUUGAAUAGGUUAGUAAAGGACCUUUGCGAAACGAAUUGACACUUGACUUUAUUGAACCGGUUAGUGAACUUAUAUGUCAAAUCUGAAUGGUUUUGCAUUCUUAAGCGUACCUUGGAAGGUUCACUGUCUCUGCCAUGUAAAAUAGAUUCGCCUAGUUUUUCAUCUCUUGUUUAAUUUGAUCUUGGGGCCAUAUUUAACUACUGUCUCGUUAUUAUUUGCUCUAAUUCUGAAGCAUUCCUGCAGCAGAGUAAUAUUUUACUUUAUCACCUUAUUCUUAAUAUAUGUUGCAGGUUUUAUACGCUUAUGGUCUUAUCUACUGCACUUUUUGGGAAACCAGCGUUUAGGAAUCUCAUUUGCAAUGGACUUGUGCUUGCAGAAGAUGGGAAGAAAAUGAGCAAGAGUUUACGAAAUUUUCCUCCACCAAUGGAAGUUAUAAAUGAAUAUGGGGCUGUAAGUUUUCUUAUUUGAUACUGUUUACUAUUCUGUCGUAGGGUUGAACUGAAUUUUGUCUGGUUUUUAAUAUCUUAUUAAACUCUCUUUAGUUGCCCACAAUUCCUUGCCUGUGGCACAUUACUUAUUUUAGUUCUAAACACUGGCGAUGGUUCAUUCGCUAACAUAAGCAUUGAAAACCAUCUUGUAGCUGUGUUCGUAACUUCGUCUUAUACUUACGUGGGUUUUGGAGUCUCCAGAGCCCUUUUAACCUUUCUUGCAUUCAUCGUUUAUUAUUUCUUGCUUGUAUUGAGUUAUCUUUUUUCUAUCUUUAACAGGAUGCUCUGCGUUUGUACAUCAUUAACUCGCCUGUAGUCCAUGGAGAACCAAUGAGGUUCAAGAAGGACGGUGUAUUUAGUGUUGUGAGUUCCAUUUUAUUUUAUGCUUUCGCUAAAUUACAAUAGAGUGUAGCAUAGUGUGUAAUUGAAAUCUUAGCUUACAAUUUUGGUUUUGUUUCUCGUUUUUUUCAUUUAUGAGUUCCAUUUGAAUUAUCACUCCUGAUCCCUGUAGGUGAAAGAUGUUUUCCUUCCAUGGUAUAAUGCCUAUAGAUUCCUUGUUCAAAAUGGAAAAAGGCUCGAAGUUGAGGGCCUACCGCCAUUUGUACCAGUUGAUCUUGCAGAACUUCAAUUGUCAACAAAUGUGCUGGACCAGUGGAUAAACUCUGCUACUGAAAGCCUUGUUCAGUUUGUUCGGCAGGAAAUGGAUGCAUACCGGUUGUACACGGUUGUGGCUCUAUGUACUUUUCGGUGUAUAUGUGCACAAAAUGUGUAAUUUCAAGUGUAGCAUAACCUCUUGUUUUUGCUUUAUGAUUCUUAGGUGGUUCCUUAUCUUCUGAGGUUUAUUAACAACCUUACAAAUGUAUACGUUCGGUUCAACCGUAAGAGGCUCAAAGGCCGGACAGGAGAAGAAGAUUGUCGUAUCUCACUGUCAACACUUCACCAUGUACAGUAUUGUUCUCUUAGAUUUAUUUUUUUAUAAUUUUGUAUGCAUUUUGAUUGGUGGGCGUUCUGUUAAACCUUGCACCAUGUUUUGUUUUGCUGCACUUCGUUUGUUUACUGUCUCCCAGUGUUUGCUGUGUCAUUUAGGUCAUUUUUAUGAGUAAGUUAAUCGUUUCUCUCCGUAACUUUUUAUUUUCAAGAAUUUUAAAUCCUCAUUUCACAGCCUACGAUUAUUGUUAUUAUUUUUAGGUAGUGUUGUAUUGAAACUCCAUCUAAAAAUUCAAAGUCUAUUCGAAUUUUCUUUAAGCCACAAACUUGACCUUCAUGUCCCUUAUCAUCCUACCUCGUCAUUUUAGGAAAUCAUUUACAAGACUGACAAGCGAAAAUGCCAUCGGUAGAUACUUUUGUACGUGCCAUUACAAUAAUAAAAAAGUGACAUUGUAUAUAGGAAUGCUUAUUUGUCCACGGAUUUUCUCUCAUGUGCCCUCAAUUUCUACUUGCUAUGUCCAGGUUCUCUUAACCACGUGUAAGGUAAUGGCUCCAUUUACACCAUUCUUCACCGAGAUUCUUUUCCAAAACAUGCGCAAGGUUGUAAAAGUAUCAGAAGAAAGUAUUCACUAUUGCAGUUAUCCCAGUGCAUCAGGGAAGGUAUCAUUUUCUUCUGAGGCCUGCGCAUAUGUUUGCUACGUUAUAUGAUUCUUAUGUUUGUAUACGAGUGCAUAUUAUAUGUUGCUUUGCAAUUAAAAUUUUCCACGCACCCUCAUGGAUGGGAAUCCAUAUUUGCUGUCGCACUCAUGUUGAAUAAUUUUUCUAUAUUAAAUCUUAGAGAGAGGAGCGUAUUGAGCAAAGCGUGACAAGAAUGAUGACUGUCAUUGAUCUUGCGCGCAACAUCAGGGAGCGUUAUAACAAACCUAUCAAAACACCACUAAGGUAUUUGCUCUUUCUCAUCUGUUUUAUAUAAUUUCAGCUAUGAUUUGUACCUGGGUUCUGAUUUCUUAUGGUGCCUCAGAGAAAUGGUGGUUGUACAUCCCGAUACAGAUUUUCUUGAAGAUAUUACUGGUAAACUGAGAGAGGUAUGUCUUAAAACUUUCCGUAGCUAUAUAUAAUUCCUUUUUUUUUGUUGUUCUCUAAAAAUAUAUGUGGCGACAGAGUAUAAUGUGCCAUACUUGACGUUCACAUUAAAAUACAUCAGCCGUGUCUUUCCUUAUGUAAAAUUAUUUCACCAUAUUGACUUCUGGGUAAUUAGUUUAUCUUCAUGUUACAGAGUGUAUUUCACCAUUUGCUCGUGUUGUUUAAUAUGCCUGUCAUUUUCAUGCUUUAGAUUUUUCUUUUCAUGUGUCUUAUACUAAUAAACCUUGAUUUGCAUUGUAGUAUGUGAUAGAGGAACUCAAUAUUAGAUCAGUGGUUCCUUGCAAUGAUCCCUUGAAAUAUGCUACUUUACGUGCAGAGCCAAACUUUAGGUAAUGUUCUCGCUAACUUUUUAAUUUUCUUUAUUCUAUGUUUUGUCUAGUCCUCUCACCAGGUGUUUUUGCUCUGUUAGUGUAUUAGGUAAGCGACUAGGAAAAGCAAUGGGUUCUGUUGCCAAGGAAGUCAAGGCAAUGUCACAGGCGGACAUCCUAGCACUCGAGAGUUCAGGAGAAGUCAUUUUCUCUGGUCACAGUUUAAAACUUACAGAUAUAAAGGUUCGCUCAAUUUAAAUUCCUUAUUAACCUUGUUUAUGGUUAAAAUGUCUACUUUGCUCCUAGCUGUACCCGACAAGGAACGGAUGUAAACUCAUAACCUAACGAUAGUUGGGAUAAUCAUCCUGGUCUUACAUAAUCUUUGUGACGCACAAGCCAUGAUUAUAUUAUGUAGAAAAUAUACGAGAAAAUAGAACGCUGAUAAUUGUGCAUAAUGAUUUUAUUCGAACCCAGUUCAUUUAUUUCUGUUCUUUGAAUCCUUCUAUUAUGGAAAUCGGAAGAAUGUUACUAAGAGGUAUCUACUGUUUCUUUUGUGAGGCAAAUAGGAACGUAUUGGAUGUUUUAUGUUGGACGCUUAAAAAAAAUUUAGCAUUAGAUGUAUAUAUAGUGAAGUGACAAAAAAUGGUGGACAAUUCAACAAUAAUUGAAUUUGAAUUUCUUUUUUAUGAACCGUCAAUUUUCUGAUGGAAUAGGAUCUUUUGAACUUAUACGGUGUAACGAUGUACAAAUAUCUCUUGAAUAUUAAGUUGUCUUUUGUCUCCUUCCAUCACGCGCUCAUAUUUCGUAGGACGGUUGGUCAUCUGCUGAGGCUUGGAACGUGUUGCCUUUGUCUUGAUGGAACCAUGUGUCCGCUGCUUAUUCUGUAUGAAAAGUUAUCCUCAAGGAAUAUGCCUAUCUCUCUGAUUUCAGGUGUUGCGGGAAUUCAAACGUCCUGAUGAUGUGAAAGAAACUGAAAUAGAUGCAGCUGGAGAUGGUACACUAUCCUUCUCUUUUCUUUUAAAAAAUCCAUCAUACUGUGAUGCUUUGGAGUUUCUAAAGUUAUGCCUAUUCAGGUGAUGUGUUAGUGGUCUUGGAUCUACGACCGGAUGAUUCUCUCUUUGAGUUAGGAAUGGCUCGUGAGGUAAAUUUAAGAUCAUUUUUUUCAAUCGAUGAUAUCAUUUACUUAGUCGUGAGUUGAUUAUUUGUUUUUACCGUGCUUUUUAACCAUCCAAUGUGCUCAGUUCUUGUUCAUGUGGACAUAUCUCUGCUGUUCGUGCAUACUUCUGCAAUGUAGAUGGCAGAUUUUAAUUUUGCUAGGAUUAGCUUUCAAGCCUUCACAGUAAUUUGGUUUAUGGCAGUUUGUUGUAUUGCAACAUCUUGAUACCUGCCAAAAGUAAUCCAUCUACCAGCAAGUCAAUCCCGGAAAUCGGUGAUAACUGGGUACUACAAACAGCAAAUCAAUCAAAUGCUCACUUAUAGAUCGAAUCAAGAUCAGCUGUCUUGUACAUACGCUCCUGUCCACGAUAAGUUGAAUGUGGCGCCCGGUCGGUCGGUCGGUCUCUAGAGUGUUUACUGUUGGAAGUCCCAUUUCCAUUUCAAGCUAUUUACUGAGAUAUGCUCAAUGAGUUGUCCCCAGAUGUCCAAGGGGUUGACAUUGCCUCCUAAUAUCAUGGGCUCUGCCUCUUUUGUGCUUUUUUUUUUUCCUUCGAAUUAUAUAUAUUUUGUCUUCCAUUCAAGUUGGCAUUUUUCUGAUUUUCGAAUAAAUUUUUGUUCAGGUCGUGAACAGAAUCCAGAAAUCGCGCAAGAAAGCCGGCUUAGAGCCAACAGAUGUGGUGGAGGUUUACUUCGAGCCGUUAGAUGAAGACAAACACGUUUUAGAACGUAUAUUGAAAUCCCAUGUGGGUUACCCAUGAUUCCGCUCAUCGUCCUGGAAGAUGGGUCGUCUUCUUCUUCUCACUCUAUACCCAUUUUACGCGCAGGAAAACUAUGUGAAGGAAGCUCUCGGUUCUCCGCUGCUUCAUCACUCCGUCCUUCCUCCAAAUGCCGUGAGCAUCUUUAACUUGCCAUAGCUCUCCAAGGUCCUUGGGCCGCUCUCAUCCUUGCAUGAUUAUAACUCUCAGGUUACUAUUUAUGAAGAGGAGUUCCACGGGGUUUCCGGGCUAUCGUUUUCCAUCAGGCUGACGAGGCCCUGUCUGGUGUUCGAUCUUGAUGCCAUCUUGAUAUCAUACUCGGGUAAAGUCCCCCGCCUCCCCUCGUAUCUUGCAGCACCAUGAACUCGUGGGAUUUCCUCCGGUCAGCUGUUGUUUCUUCCUGUCACUCAGGAAACAAAGGUUUUGCUGAGAACCUUCGGACCUAUCUGUCAUCGAGGGAUCACUCCAGCCUGAAGUCGGAGUUUCUAGCCGGGAAGGGGAAGGUUAGUGACUGACCUCUGACUUUCUUCCGUUGAAUUCUCCAAAUGGUCAGCGCCUCCACUGUUACAUAACUCCAAGCGUCUCUGCGACAUGUUGGCCCAUGCAGAUCCGCGUAUGCUGCAUCGAGGAUCAGCCCGCUAUCGAUGUGAAUGUCGGCGAGCAUCUCUUUCUAACUGCCGGGGAUUCCUACGUCAACCGGGGCUGA